ACUGUGAAGUAACUACAAGGUUAUUCUGCUUUAUAAACAGAUCAGCAGUCCAAGUUACUGGUAGUCCGGUUUCAGUUGAAUCAACAGCAUUUUAGCGGGAACGUUUAAGAGAAAAACAUGCACAAAACCCUGAAAACAUUCUUCUUCUUGUCCUGCAUUUCUCUUGUGGCCUCAAAUCGUGUGUACGUCCACCCCUUUAACCUGUUUGCUUAUGGAAAUUCCAGCUGUGAGACUGUAGGAGGACAAGAUGAGAAACUCCCUGAUAAAAUGACUUUUGUUCCAACACCUAUUGAAUCACAGAAUGGUUCAGAGCCAGGCAGCCCAAUACAGAGAGGUUCCAGUGAGACAAAACAUGUUACCCAACAUACUUAUGUUUUAGCUGGUUUGCAAAAUAUGCUUGGUUUUCGAAUGUACAGUGCCAUGACUAAACAGAAGAAGACGGGAAACAUUCUGUUUUCACCUGUGAACAGCUUUGGGACUUUGGUCACAUUAUAUUUAGGAGCCUCCAAGCAUACAGCUACUAGACUCCAGCACCUCAUUGGGAUAGUUAAGGAAACAGACAAAGAAAAUUGUACAUCACCAAUUGACGGUCACAGAGUCCUUCACGCUCUUCAGAAUAUUAACUCUCUAAUUGACGGUUCUAGCGACGAGCUCACUACGGUUGUAUGGGCAUUUUUAAACACUGGUAUAAAGUUGUCCGAAGAAUUUGUGAAAGGCAUUCAAGACUUUUCUGACCAUUCCUAUUUAAGAGCAGUCCAUUUCUCAAACCCACAGCAUGCUGAAAGCUUGGUUAAUUCCUUUGUUGAAGCCACAUCUUCUAGGAAAGUCAAAAGCCUGUUUAAUGAAAUCGACUCUUCGACAGAUUUGCUAUUUGCAAGCUAUGUUCAUUUUAAAGGGAAGUGGAAAAAAGCCUUUGAGCCUCACCUUACAGAAAUGCAAGAGUUCUGGACUGAUGAUACAAAUAAAGUUGCAGUACCUUUGAUGUCACAGUCUGGUGUAUUCCAGUAUUUCAGUGAUGGGAACAGGAACUGCUUUGUGAUAAAACUUCCAUUCAGUAAGAAAGCCUACAUGCUUCUGGUGCGUUCAAUCAAAGGCACGGAUCUGAACCACAUUGAAGCACUUCUAACAUCAAAUGUUAUUUCUGAGUGGCAACACAAACUAAAGAAGAGAUUUGUCCAUUUGUCUCUACCCAAGUUCUCCAUGGGUACUGUAUCUGAUCUCAAGGAAAUUCUCACUAAUAUUAAACUCCCCGAUCUGCUUGGCAAGAGUUCAGACUUCACAAAACUAAGCAAUAAAGAACAUCUUACAAUUGACAAGGUGCUCAAUAAAGUGAUAUUUGAAGUAACUGAAGAAGGCUCGGAGAAUCACACUGAGAGUCGGGACAGCAUCCCCACACCCCUGGAACUGAAAAUCAACAAACCUUUCUUCUUUGCAGUCGUGGAAGGGAACUCUGAUGCACUACUCCUGCUGGGAAGAAUCACUAAUCCAAGUUCUAAUUAAAUGCAAUACCAUGUAAUAAAACCAUUUAUUACGUACAUAUGGUAAGUGUGGUCCAAUAAUAUAAAGAUACUGGGCUACAUUUUUUAAGCUUUUGCCUCAAUAGAGUAAGACUCACACCAGUCUACUAAAAAAAAAAAAAAAAACUUUAGCAAACUUAGAAUAUCAAACUUUCCUUAGAAAUAGCUAUAAACUAGUUUUGUCUGACAGUUACAAGUUGCAAUUCUGAUGCCAAAGGUUGAGAGUUGUUACUCAAAUCAAGGCUAUUUUUGUAAUAAAAAAAUUAAAAUAAAAAAGGCACUUGCAGUCUGUUAUUUCUCCAGCCUUGGGAUUUAUUUUUCAUAUGUUGAAGAGCAAUGUCUCCUUAGAUAGCUUAGCAACAGACAAAACUAACAGGAAAAAAAAAAGUUUAAACAACUUAAUAGGAUACAAAGUCAAUUUAAGCAAGGUGUACCCUUCCUUUUACAAGAGAUUCAACUAUUUAUUUUGUUGCAGUAGCAUGGAGUUUUAACCAAUCCCCUUUAUGGUGCAUUAAUAUUAACUUGCAGAUUUUAGAAGAACCAUAAAGACCAUUGUCCAUAUUUGUUUUGAUAUUUUUAUUGCAUGCAGAUGUAUACGAUAGCAUUCAUAUAUGUGGUCUAACAGAGGGUUUUUACUACUGAGGGUACAUAUAACUUGUACUAGAGUGUUUUAAUAAUAAUAAAAAAACAACUAAAACAAAA